UCAAAACUAUGAAACGUAAAAACCUAGGGGCUUAUAGAGAGAGAAAACUUAGCAGCAAAGCAAUGGCGUCUAGGUUAUGGAUCUGGUCCUUCGUCUUCGUUUUGUCUGUCAUCGUUCCGUCAUUUGCAGGGGCAUCUGCUUCUGAAAACGAGGACUCACAGUCGAAAGAGUUCGUCCUGACUCUAGAUCAUUCCAACUUCUUUGAGAUUGUUGCCAAGCACGACUUCAUCGUCGUCGAUUUCUACGCUCCAUGGUGCUACUGGAGCAAGAAGCUUGUUCCUGAGUAUGAGAAAGCUGCAUCUGUACUGAGUCUCUACGAUCCUCGAAUCACCCUAGCAAAAGUUGAUGCCAGUGAAGAAAAAAACCAGGGAAUUGCACGUAAAUUUAAGAUUCAGGGUUACCCCACAAUUAAGAUCUUGAGAAAUGGAGGGAACCAUACUCAAGAAUACUAUGGACCUCGAGAUGCUGAUGCUUUUGUUGCUUAUUUAAUAAAGGAAAGGUCCCCUGCUUCUGGUGAAAUACAAUCCACAGAAGAUUAUUGCAUAUUGUAGUGUUUUGUUAUGGAACAUUCUGAUUAUAUUACCUACAUUGUGGUAGGGUGGAUACAAUAUAUCAUUUUUAAGGAUACACACUGUAUAUAAUAUUAUAAAA